CUGAUAGCACAGGAAGCGCCUCCGCUUUAUUGAGCAGAGGAGAAAAAGUAGACAGGCCUGAGUUACAGACAGUUUUUUUCGCCAAAGACAUCAACAAGUGUCAUUGGAAGUAAACAAAAUAUACUUUACUGUGAGACUACAUGCGAAUGCAGUCUUACGGAAAACGGAUCAAUAUGAAGAGAUGAUAAUGUGUUUACAUUUUUAAUGUGUGGCACUGGCUACUCCUGGCUAGCUUGCUAAAAGAAAGCGAGAAGGAACGUGGGUGCCAGUGUGCUGUGUGGCUGACCUCAGGAAUGUCGUGUUGACUGAACCCUUGUUGCAUUGGAUAUCAGUGAUUCUUAAUUGGCCGCAUGGGUUGUCAAUCAGCAUAUGCAUACCAGGUGAUGGCUCAGGAGGUGCAGUAUGAGCCGGUGGCCCAAAUCGGCGGCGGCGCCUACGGGACAGUGUACAAGGCGCGCGACCGGGAGAGCGGACAGUUUGUGGCGCUGAAGAGCGUGCGCGUGCAGACGGACCAGGAUGGCCUGCCGCUCUCCACCGUACGGGAGGUGGCGCUGCUCAAGCGCCUUGAGCAGUUCGACCAUCCAAACAUCGUCAAGCUCAUGGAUGUGUGUGCCUCCCCUCGGACGGACCAGGAGACCAAAGUCACGCUGGUGUUUGAGCAUGUGGACCAGGACCUGAAGACCUAUCUGGAGAAAGCCCCGGCUCCUGGCCUACCAGCACACACUAUUAGGGACCUGAUGAAGCAGCUGGUGAAUGGUCUGGAGUUUCUGCACUCGCAUCGUGUGGUGCACCGCGACCUGAAGCCUGAGAACAUCCUGGUGACCAGUAGGGGACAGGUCAAGCUGGCUGACUUUGGCUUGGCGCGCAUGUACAGCUGCCACAUGGCCCUCACACCUGUGGUGGUGACGCUGUGGUAUCGAUCCCCGGAGGUCCUUCUCCAGUCCACAUACGCCACACCCGUGGACAUAUGGAGCACAGGCUGCAUCUUCGCUGAGAUGUUCAGACGCAAACCCCUGUUUUGUGGGGAGUCCGAAGCAGACCAGUUGGGGAAGAUAUUUGAUGUGAUUGGUCUGCCAUCUGAAGAGGAGUGGCCUGCUGACAUCACUCUGAAGCGCCACAACUUCAGCCCCCAGAAGCCUCGGCCACUCACAGACUGCGUCCCCGAGAUCUGCAGCCAAGGAGAAGACCUGCUCAAGAAAAUGCUCACCUUUGACCCCCUGAGAAGAAUCUCGGCCAUGUCUGCUCUCGAACACGACUACCUGACAGAGGGUUAAAGCCGUGGCAUUCCUCAUUUUAAACCAUCCUCAUUUUAUUUUGUAUUUCACAUGUGAGGACGACCGGUAAAGGGAUUAUUUUAAAGUGUGAGUUAUUUUGGAGGCGCUCUUGAAUGGCUUUGAAUGAUUACCUCACCGACUGCGCCACAAGAGAAUCAUCUGGGUUGUACGCCACAUCACAGGUAGUCCCGUACAUUAAGUAUCAAAUCCCUAUGAUAAUGUGGAGGUGUGCCCAUUCCUGAUCAGGUGAUCAACCUUAGCUAGCUACCCCUUGCUUGUCACAUCAUGACUGCUAGUCUGAGAUGGCAAAACUGCCAUUCAUAAUUACUUGCCAUUUACUCAGAUUAGUGCCAUAGAUGAAAUAGGAAUGAGAUGUGACGAGCAAGGUUAUGAGUGUUUUGUGAAUCAAGAUGUAUAGCUUAGACUGGAUAUGUCUGAGUCAACCAACGUCUGAAAAUAUGCUUUAUAUUACCAGUUAUGUACACUUCCUGGAGGUUUGAAUGUUUUUCACUGUCAAAUGGAAACAGACUUCCAGUAGUCCUGUAUUAAAUGUGGUACAUAAUAAACUGAGAUAUUUUUUUUAGCGAAAUCAGCCGGAUAUUUUGAGAGGGAGUGGGACUGUUCACGAGGACAUACACACUUAAUCACCCACCCACCCACCCACCCACAGUAACACGGGAAGUUGUUGAUCAUGGAGAGUUGCCCAAAUGAUUGACAAACAUGUAUGCAUCCUCACUAUUCCCUUUGGGUCAUUCUCUCAGUCACUGCAUCCCAUUGUGUACAGUAUAUGUGAUGUGGUGAUAUUCAUAAAGAUUGAAAAAUGAAUAAAGCUGCUAUGACAUUAAGCAUA